UAGAACUCGAUAUAACCAUCCUUGAACUCCAGUCCUUAAACAGAAUAAAUGAACCGAUCGAAAAUAUUACGGAGAAAGAAACUACAGAUGGAGACGAAGAUCACGCAGCUAAGAGAUUGCAGAAGAAGAAAAGCUACAGCAAGACCAUAAAUAAAUGUCCCCAGGAAGCUGACGGAACUUGA